AGUCCCGCUCCAUUAGGCGCGACGUCGCCGUCCUCUCUGACAUUCCAACUCUGUAAAACUUUCUCUUAUUUCAUUAUUUCCAACCCUUAAUUUCACGCUCAUCCAUUGUCAAUUCCCCGUUUUGCCCCCAUCCUUUUCCUGAAACCCGAUGUCCUUAGUCCUCUGUUUCAUUCAUCAUCUCACCCGAAUGAAGGGUGAAAUUUUUCUUUCUCUGACUCUUUUCUAUAUAUACACUUCUUUCGUGUCUCUCCGACAACGGGAGUUCUCAUCUUCGUGGUCCGUUAGUAAUUAUCAAGAUUAUCUGCUUGAUAUUGGUUGUCCAGGUCUGGUGACUUUGGUUCCCAAAGGAAUUAGAGAUGCCGGGAAUAUCUGAUAAUGGAGUUAAUGAUGAGGGGGAAGCAAAUGAAAGGAACAUAAAUCCUCCCCCCUCUAAGGAAACAUCAACUCUAAUUGAGUCACAACAUCCUGAGGGUACAGGUGUUGAAGCUUCCGUUGACACCUCUAUUGAUCAGCUUUAUGAAAAUGUGUAUGACAUGCAAAGUUCUGAUCGGUCACCUUCAAGGCGAAGUUUUGGAUCUGAUGGUGAUGAGUCUAGGAUUGAUUCGGAAUUGCAUCAUCUAGUUGGAGGGCCGAUGAGGGAGGUGGAGAUAAUGGAAGAAGAAAUGGAGGAAAAGCAAGGUGGUGAUGGAAGUAGUGAAGCAUCUUCUAGAAAGGGUGGUACGUUGAAUGAUAGGAAGAUGGAUAGUGUGGAUACGAUUCAACCUGCAAGUACAAGUUCUGGCACCUCUGAAAAACCAACCAAAUCAUCCAAUGCAAAAUUACAGUCCAAGACAGCGUUAAAAUCAAAACCCAAAGUCAAAAGUCCUCCUGUAAAGCCUUCUUUUGAGAAAAAGAAUGAUAAGCCUCAGAAAAAACAAAGCGCAGGAGUUGUUAGCUCCAAGAAACCACAAAAUGCUCCUUCUGGAAGGUCAGUGUCUCUGAGUCGUGCCAAGAAUUCAGUUGAACCAGCAUCAGAUAAGCCAGAGAUGGGACCAAUUUUGCUUAAGCAGGCGGCAGAUCUGAUGUCAUCAGGGGAUAAUCCACAUAAGGCUCUUAAAUUGGCUCUUCGAGCUAUGAAAGUGUUUGAGAAGUAUGCUGGCGAGAAACCAAGUCUGGAGCUUGUUAUGAGUUUACAUGUUGCAGCAGCAAUAUACUGUAGCUUGGGUCAAUACAAUGAUGCGAUUCCUGUUCUUGAGCGCUCAAUUGAAAUUCCUGUUAUUGAGGAAGGUGAGGAGCAUGCCCUAGGUAAAUUUGCUGGUCUUAUGCAAGUGGGUGACACCUACGCAAUGCUGGGCCAGCUUGAGAAUGCAAUUACGUACUACACCAAAGGUUUGGAAGUCCAGAAACAGAUUUUGGGAGAAACAGAUCAGAGAGUUGGUGAAACUUGUCGGUACCUGGCUGAAGCUCAUGUUCAAUCAUUGCAAUUUGAUGAGGCUGAGAGGCUCUGCCAAAUGGCUUUGGACAUUCAUAGAGCAAGAGAUUCACCCCCUUCUGUUGAAGAGGCAGCAGAUAGGAGGCUUAUGGGCCUUAUAUGUGAAACAAAGGGAAAGCAUGAAGCAGCUCUGGAGCAUCUUGUUUUAGCGAGCAUGGCAAUGGUAGCGAAUGGACAAGACGCGGAAGUGGCAUCUGUUGAUUGUGGCAUUGGAGACACGUAUCUAUCCUUGUCUCGAUAUGAUGAAGCUGCUUUUGCUUAUCAAAAAGCACUUACAGCUUUCAAGGCCAGCAAGGGAGAGAAUCAUCCGGCUGUGGCUUUGGUUUUUGUACGUUUAGCUGACUUGUAUAAGAGGACAGGGAAAGUAAAGGAAUCCAAAUCUUACUGUGAGAGUGCACUUAAAAUCUAUGAGAAGCCUCUUCCUGGGGUCCUUCUCGAGGAAAUUGCAAGUGGUCUCACUGAUGUUGCCGCUAUCUAUGAGUCGAUGAAUGAGCAUGAACAGGCGCUCAAUUUACUGAAAAAGGCAUUGAGUAUAUACAACGAUGCCCCUGGUCAGCAAAGCACAAUAGCAGGAAUUGAAGCUCAGAUGGGAGUCUUGUACUACAUCGUGGAGGACUAUAAUGAAUCUUACAAUGCGUUCAAGAAUGCUAUCUCAAAGCUUCGUGCUAUUGGAGAGAAGAAAUCAGCCUUCUUUGGUGUUGCACUUAAUCAAAUGGGACUUUCCUGCGUGCAGCGUUAUGCCUUAAGUGAGGCUGCAGAAUUGUUUGAAGAGGCAAAGAAUAUUUUGGAACAAGAGUAUGGACCGUAUCACCCUGAAACACUUGGCGUAUAUAGCAAUCUUGCAGGCACAUAUGAUGCACUUGGAAGGUUGGAUGAUGCAAUUGAAAUUCUGGAGUACGUUGUUAGUUUAAGGGAGGAAAAACUGGGGACUGCAAAUCCUGAUGUUUAUGAUGAGAAGAGAAGGCUGAGUGAGUUGCUGAAGGAAGCGGGUAGAGUUCGGAGCAGAAAAUCCAUAUCACUGGAGCGCCUUCUUGAUUCAAACGUUUAUGCUCUAAAUAAUUUUGUCAUGAGGAUGGCUAGCUAGCUAGGACACAGAGAAACAUGAAGCCUUUACAAGAACUCUUAAGAAAGGAACAGAAGAAUACAGGUUGUGCAGUGCAAUUAUUGAGGAAAAAAUUAAAUGAUUGAUGAGGGUAAUGAUUUGUACCAUAUUUUAUUUAAAGAUAUAUACUUGUAUGAUACGAUGUAAAUUAUUCAUGGCCUUCGGAUAUACUCAAUGUUUGAACACUUUGCUGAUAUGUCAAUAUAUUCUUACA